CGCAGCAGAAAGUAGAAAGGUAAGAAGGCGCAUAUAAACCGGGGAGCUGCUAUUUGUGCCAUUUUGUGCAUUGGGAGUGUGAAAGAGCUGAGCCAUGGGCGAGUCAAGCGAGUCAGUUUCUAUAGAUAUUGACAUGCUUUCUUUGGAAGGGAAGGAAUAUGUGGUGAAAACGAGCAGAGGUUCAAUCUCAGUGUACGUCUGUGGUGAUCAAGGGAAGCCUGCCUUGAUAACAUAUCCAGAUGUUGCUCUCAAUUACAUGUCUUGUUUCCAAGGCCUCUUCGUUUGCCCAGAGGCAGCUUCUUUGUUGCUUCAUAACUUCUGCAUUUACCAUAUUGAUGCCCCCGGGCACGAGUUGGGAGCUGAUGUCAUUUCUUCAGACGUUCCAUUACUCAGUGUGGAUGACUUGGCAGACCAGGUUGCUGAAGUGCUUGAUUUCUUCAGGCUGAAAGAAGUCCUGUGCUUAGGUGUGACAGCUGGUGCUUACGUCCUGACACUUUUUGCUAUGAAAUAUAAAGAACGGGUGCUUGGGUUAAUUCUUGUUUCCCCUAUCUGCAAAGCUCCCUCAUGGACUGAAUGGCUUUACGAUAAGGUAUUAUUAAAUUUGUUAUACAUAUAUGGUAUGUGUGGUGUAUUGAAGGAGUGCCUUAUCCAGCGAUACUUCAGUAAGGAAAUUAGGUGUGGUGUGCAUGGUGCAGAAUCAGACAUCAUUCAAGGAUGUAGAAGGUUGCUUGAUGAGAGGCAAAGUUUGAAUGUCAUGCGCUUUCUUCAAGCAAUUAAUAAGAGGCAUGACCUUACAGACGGCUUGAAGGAGUUGCAGUGCAAGACACUUAUUUUUGUAGGUGAAAGUAGUCAGUUUCACGAUGAAUCUGUGUAUAUGAGUGCCAAAAUGGGAAAGAAAAGCUGUGCCCUUGUUGAGGUUCAGGCAUGUGGCUCACUAGUGACAGAAGAGCACCCCUAUGCCAUGAUAAUCCCUAUGGAAUUCUUUCUAAUGGGAUUUGGCUACCACAGACCUCAUUUUUCUUCCUCAUCAAGUAACGGUUCCAACCCAGCCAGUCCCUCGAGCCAUUCUUGUAUAGCACCAGAACUACUCUCUCCUGAGAGUUUGGGGAUCAAGCUCAAACCUAUCAAAACACGAGUCAACAUUGAAGUUUGAUGAGUUUAAAUGAUUUCUUGGACUCACGAGAUUACAAACUUAGCAAUCCAGGAAAUGCGGCAGGAUUUCAGCUUUGCACAUAUAAUCAUGAUAGUUGUACAAUAUCUAUGAUAGCAUAUUCACAUUCUUUGAUUGUGUUGACGGGGAAGAAUUUUGGAGUGUAGAAAGAAUAGUUAGAUAUUUCAGAGAUUCUUAAAUAACGCUGUUUUUAAUGAAGUAAAACUCUACCAUCAGAUUGUGGCAUUA